AUGGUGUGGCUUCUUAAAAUUUUGCUCCUAACUGCAUCUUAUUCUCUUCUUGCGUGUAGUUAAAGAACUCAACGCCAAUUCUACUCUAAACACAUCAUCUCAUACAUCUAGUCAUCAACUAUAACUUGUUAAAGUUGUUCUUUAUUUUACUUAAAUUCUGGAUUCUUGUAAUGCAUAUUAAACUACCUAAUAAGAAUAUAUAGCUAAUGUUAACAUACAUCAUGUAUUCAGAAUUCGCUUGAUAAUAUCUGCUCUUCUUACAUCUAGAAAAUGAGCUUACCCUUGUUCCUUCUUGCACAUUAUCUUAUUAUCCUUACUUCUUACUUUCAAUAUCAAUAAUACUCAGGCUGUAAGUUUCUUUAUUAUUGCUAGAUUGUCCUUAUAUUUAGAUCAUAAGCAUUUGUAUUUAAAACUGAUUAUAACCUUUACAUAAAUAGAUUAGUUGAUGUGUAUAUUUAUUUAAUGUUUAUAUUUAACGUAGGUUCUCUUGUACAUCACGACACGCUGCAUCUCCUCAACAUGCACUGGAUGUAUUACAUAUUUCUUUUAUUGUGUACUAUGUUUUUUAGUUUUAAAAACCUCAAGCCUUCUACCUUUAAACUGUAAGAAUUGUCAUACUGUUUUGUUCUUAAUGCUCUAUUUAUAAUAGCGCCUUAAUUUUUGCCAAACCUGCAGUAAUAAGGGCCAAAUGUAUACUUAUAUUUGCUCUAUCCUUCAAUGAAAUGGACAUUUAAGUAUAUUUCCAAAAUUGUGCUAUGCUAACACUAUAUGCUAAUAAAAGAAAAGUAUUAUAUUUUAUGA